CUUCAAAAGGGGGGGAAUAAGAGCAGAUGUCUGUCAUUAAGUGAUUGACAGCUCGCCACUUUCUCUCGUCUUUUGCGGCCUUCCACAUUGAUCGAGGUCAUCAGACUCACAAUUUUUCGUCCCUUCUUCUAUCAUUUCUUAUUUUCGUUCGACGGGCAAAGAAAGGGUCGUAUUACUAAGUGAAGAGUAAAACCCCGAAAAUUCUAAAAUUAGUUGCUCGUUGAAUGCGAUCGCGUCCGCUUUAUGGACGAUGUGCGGAUUAUCAAAAAUGUGUUUAUUUUCUUAAGUAGGGGGAUGCUUCCGUCUGACCUUGCUUUCCCCAGCAAACAUUUUUAUUCGAUAAAUAAGAAGAAAACAAAAAAAAAUCCGCCAGUUUGAAAGAGAAAAAAACCUUUCACCCCGCGUCCGCUAUAUAAGUACGAUCCCGUUCGUUUAGUUUUAGUCAGAAUUCACCCUGCGUCCGACCAAGUUCAAAUUUUAAGUUCCCAGUCGCUUCAUUUUGAAAGAAAGAAAAAUGGUUUCUUUAAAGGUUAUUGUUUUACUGGCGAUGGUGUCCCGAGCACUAGCGCUGCCUGUUGGCAAUUUGCCGCGCAACUCGAUGGAGCGAGCCUCGCCCAAGGAGGAACCGGUUGUACCCCGAGAUUACGCUUUCAACUAUGACAUUCAAGAUGGUUUUGUCGGCAUGACUCACGCGCGCAGUGAGGUCCAACGUAACGGAGUCAUCAGGGGCUUCUAUCGCUAUAGUCGCCCUGACGGGAUCCUUGUGACUGUCACUUACACGGCUGAUGAAACUGGUUUUCAUCCUGUCAUCACAGAAGAAAAAGCGCCCAAUUUAAGGUCGUCCAGUGCUGUCCAUACCAUGUAUUCAUCAGAUAAUGCGGAACUGAUCAAAAUCACGCUCACCGAAGACGAUGCCCAAUUGGCUCGUCAAAAAUCGGAGGCUGCAUUGGUGGUGACCACUUCCAAUCCGGGUCCUAGAGUUCAGUCGGAUUCUCAGAAUACUGACAGGCAGAUCGUAUCACGAAGCGAAUCCAUUUCGCAACCAAUUGACCAGCAGAUUGCCCGUUGGUCCAGAACGAUCAAUCCUGAAACUGUUGUCUCUGCUGUCAACUCGCAAAGUCGUUUUGAUUGAAAAAAGAGGGGGUGUGAGGUUUUGUUUCUGUCCGCUAGAUGGCGUAUAUGGCCAAUUUUAUCUCAGGCAACACAAAAAAAAAUCUCAUUUGCGUCCACUUCACUGAUAACUCCCGCACUCUUGUAAACUUCCUACUUUGUCAUUUGAUUACUCUUCUACAUUGUAGUCGUAAACACGAGAUAUCUCUAUCUUUCUUCAACAUUUCGAAUUUUUAUUUGCAAAUCUCUCCGAUGAAAUAAACGGUUCAUUAGAAGAA